AGCUGAAGCUCUUAUCACUGGGGAAAUCAUUCCCCGCUGAGCUCUUCUCCACAGCUCUUUUUUUGUUUUGCAACAAAAUUUUAAGCCUCCCAAAACCGAAUUUUGGGAUUAGAGUGCUUUUAAGCUAAUGGAUUACCUUUGUUUUAUUUCUUUGAGCUAUUGAUUAUUGUGUCACAACCGUCCUUAAUUCAGCAGCUUCGCAUCACGUGUUUUCACACGCUUGCUGUCACCAUGUCAGGCAUUCAGCAAGAUAGCGCAGGGUCUAAUGGAUCAGAUAAUCCCUCGGCAUCAUGGUCCGGCACUCCUGCUGCUGAGACCGAACAACGACAACAACAAACUCCUAACGCGGGAAGUUAUUAUGAGAUGGACUGGGGCAAUUCAAUUUUGGGGCCACCUGACUUUUCAAAUUUAUACCAGCCACAAGGAGUGCUUCUUGAGGAUCCAUCUGAUCAGAGAGCACCAGCGCAAGGAUUCACAAUCCCUAGUCCAGUAGUCACGUCGUCAGGCGAGCAAAGUAACCCAAACACUGCACCGGACAUAUCUGCUGCGGCCGCUAGAUCGCAUGGCCAUAAUCAACUCAAAAGAAAAGCUGAUCCAAAUAUCUCAUCAGGAUCAAGGUCUGCUCCUUCAGCCACUCCAGCUAUUUCGAUUGGAGAAGAUGCCCGGGGUCCUUCACAGAAACGAGCUACAGUUCAUGCUCCCGAGGAUGAGUCUGAAGAUAAACUCACGCCAGAAAACCCUUCCUCUUUCUUCCCAAAGCACAAAAAUGAAUCACGCCCUCCCAGCUCGUCACUGCAAAGCCUAAAACCGGUCAAUGGGCUGCGCCCUACUCCACCCCGUCGCGCUUCAGGUGGGGAAGGAGUUUUGAUCACAGAUCCGCCUGGAAUUCUAAGAACGAUUGAUGGAAAACAUCAUCUCGAAACUGAUUUGGCAUUACCACACGACAAAGUAUUCCCAAUUCAAAUUGGCUCCGAAUUGUUCCGGCUUUCGGGUGCAUCAUUAUCGUCCGAUGCACCCUCUUACUUUUCGCAAUUCUUCCGCAAACAACUGGAGGAGAGCGGCGAUAAUGCUGAAAACAUAAGAACUCUAUACAUUGAUAGAGACCCAGUCGUAUUUCGGGAUAUCUCGCUUCACUUACAAGGCUACUAUGUGCAACCAAGAGAUGUGACACACUACGUGAAGCUGUUUUCAGAUGCUCAAUUUUAUAGCUUGCCCAGGUUGAUAUCGCAGCUUUUCGAGUCGGAAAUAUUUGUUGAGAUUGGAGGACGGUCUUUCCAGAUCCCACGUGAUAUUUUUUCUGGCCCUGGUGAUUCACCAAACUUCUUUUCACUUGGAUUUGGUCUUUUCUUCUCCACGCCAGCUCGAACAUUUCCCGGUUUGGAUCGGGUCGGAUUGCUUCGUCCACCUUCUAUCCAGCCUCCAAAUGUGCCUAAUCGGUCAGCCGACACAUUCGCCGACCUAAUUCAUCUUUUGCGCGGAUAUCCUGUGCAUAUCCGAAACGAAGAACAUCGUGCCGAACUAAUCCGAGAUUGUCGGUAUUUCCAUCUGCGUGGGCUGGAACAGAAGCUCAUCCCACAUCACAUUAGCUUCAAUGCUCAGCGCCAUCGAAGCGAGAUUGUAAUUCGAUUGGAAGAUGUGAAGCCCUCGGGGAUUUUGGUCAAGGAUGAUCCUUUACCGGCGGUCAACCAAGCUUCACCAAUUGCCUGGGUCAAUUACGCCCGACCCUUUGCCGAUGGAGCUUCGUAUGAACUCGUCCUUCAAAUCAGCGGGGAAAGCACACGGCUAAACGUUGGUGCCCGCCGAGCAGAUUUUCAUGGCAAGGACAAAGCCCGCAUUAGCAGUUUAUUUCAGGUGAUUGCGAAUAAAAUGAAUCUACCAGUCAAUCAACCUUUGGGGCUCUUGAUGAUGUCCGGCGGGGGCGUGGCGAAGCAGCCUGUGAGCCCCGGAAACACACCUUUGAGCGAGGACUUGGUCAAGAUUCAAGUUGAUAAGCACGCAGACAUUAUUCUAGAUGGCGAGCCAUAUCGGAUGGACCAUGAGGUGGAUGAGGAUGAUUCAGGCCUCCCCACUUCUGGUCCUGCCGGUACGACGCCGUCUCCAGGAUGGUCCGGACCUCGGGUCGGGCAGUCCCCAGUGUCGCAGGCAAAGGCGGGUAAAAAGAUUAAACGAAGGGAUAGCAGAGAGGAGGCUGGUGAAUGGAUAGUAAGAACUGGACAGUGGCGCUUGCGCGUGCAACCGUGUCAAGAAGAAGCAGCACGGGGUAGAAUGGAACUGGUCUUGGUGGCAGUCAAACUUGAUGCAUACAGUGGCCAGCUUGGAAGGAAUCGCCAGCGACCAUUCUUGACAUACUGAUACCAGACAUGUUUUGAAGACUCUUUGGACUGCGCCCUUCUAGAUUGCCUAUAUAAGCAUUGACGCCAACUCCUCGUUGAACACCAUAUAUGCAUCCACUAUAUUCUUCCAAUCACACAUACAUAUUCACACCAUCUCUGCAGCAAACACGUCGAAAUUGCGAAUAGCUUCUAGGAGUUUUUAAACAAAGGUUGAGCACCGAGAGUUACUCUGGAUCAAGGUCACGUGAGCUAAUGGGGCUGA